CAUCCUCGAAAAUCAAUAGGUUAUAUUUGGCCAGUGAACGACGCUACGACUGGAAAGGCACUCAAGCAUUUUAGCAAUAAUACGAAGGAGAUCAAUAUGAAUAAGAAAAAAAAUAUGGCAAUUGAUUUUCAAGAUAACAUGAUAUUGUUAACAAGGAAAUACUUGAAACGUAAGAUCAUGUGCCCUGAGACGAAGUUCAGGCAUCACGUUAAAGAAAGAACUCAUAUUUUGGAUUUACUGAAAAGAACAGUGGACAUGGGCGAAAGCAAUUCAGCGCUGUUAAUUGGUCCUAGGGGUAGUGGUAAAACAACAUUGAUAAAUAGUGUCUUGAAAGAAUUAUCAUCUGUAAAAAGUUUCAAAGAGAACACACUGAUAGUAAAUCUCAAUGGUCUUGUUCAUACCGACGAUCGAUUAGCUUUGAAAGACGCCACGCGGCAAAUGCAAUUGGAAAACGUGGUGGGUGACAAGGUUUUCGGCACUUUUGCCGAGAAUUUAACUUUCCUCCUCGAUUGUUUGAAAUCGGGUGAUAAGAAGCGUUCGAAGCCGGUCAUUUUUAUACUAGACGAGUUUGACUUGUUCUGCGAGCACCAUAAUCAGACUCUGUUGUAUAAUCUGUUUGACAUCGCUCAGACUGCGCAAGCGCCAAUAUGCGUGAUAGGCAUGACUUGUAGGCUGGACGUUAUAGAACUCUUAGAGAAGAGAGUUAAAUCGAGAUUCUCUCAUCGGCAAAUAUUUUUAUUCCCCGGGGAUACGUCGUCGUCGGAGCAGCCGACGUCUGCCUUUGACGAUCGUUUAGAACUCUUUCAGCAUCUUCUCAGUCUUCCGGACGACGAGAAUGUAAAUAGGAUAGAGCAGCAGUACGAUGACUGCACCAUUGAUCCACAGUUCGGUUCCGUUUGGAACGAGUACAUAAAAAGUUUAGUCAAUAAUCCAACGAUGGUCAACUUGUUGAAAAGGAUGUAUCAGAUAGACGUCAGCGAGAGGAGUUUCAGAAACUUCUUGGCGAUCGUUGUCUCUAUGUUGUCGGAGAAGCAUCAGAGACUAGAAGUAAACGAUUUUGUAGAAGCGAGUAAAAUGUUCUCGCAAGACGAUAAAGUGUUAAUGCUCGAGGGGUUGUCUGUAUUAGAAAUGUGUUUAAUAAUAGCGAUGAAACACGAAACAGAAAUAUACGAUGGCGAACCAUUUAACUUCGAGGCCAUUUAUAAUCGUUAUAUGAAAUUCGCUAAUCAGCAUUCUUCUAUACAAACUGUACAAAAGCCCGUUAUCACGAAGGCGUUCGAGCAUAUCAAGAAUUUGGAAUUUUUAUUGCCAACCAGUGGCGCGAACUCAAAAGUCGAGAAGGAGUAUCAGUAUUAUAAAUUUUUACUGACACCGCAGCAAAUCAUGGAAGCUGUGAAAAAUUAUCCUGGAUUGCCAACAGAGAUCUCUCAGUGGGCAAUGACUACCGUGUAACCGAUCCGUUAAGAUAUUUGCAGGUAUCAGCAAAUACGUAUUUUCAUAUCUGCAUUUUAACCAACGAACUAAUAACUACAAGACUCGUAUUUUUCGAAAUGCUAUAAUUAUUUAUUGAAAUAUGAGAAUAGAACUUCAGGGUAAACUUUCCUUCUGGGGAAUCUUUUUACUUAAAAUUUAUUUUGAUCAGAUCUACUUAUCAAAUAACGUGCAAUUUCAAUCAAUUUUGAGUUCAGGAAUUCAUUCAUUGAAAUAUUAUAAAGAGAAAAAAAAGUUUGAUUGAUUGAUUGUAAUCGAUGAAAAAGAAGGAAAUUGUAAAGUUCUUGUUGUCGGAAUUCAUCGGGUCAGAACAUUCUGCUUACAAGAAUUCUAAAUAUAGGAAAAGUAUAGAAAAUUAUAUUCCAAGGGCUAUUCCUUUAAGUUUGUUAAUUCCUCGAAAUUUGCACACUGUAUGAAUUUUUAAUUAAUAUAAAUUAUGGAUUGAAUGAUUUGGUAAAUUCUCACACAUACUACUUGUAUAGCAGUAAAUCUCUCUUUUUUUUAUCAAUUUCCAUCCACUAGAAUCGGAGAAAUAAAAUACGAAAAAUAUAGAAAAUCGUUAAAUUUGCCGAAUAAAAUGUACUAAUUAACUUUUCAAUGAAUGGAUUCCUAAACUCAAAAGUGUUUCUGUGCAAAUUAUUUCAUACGUGGAUACGAUCAAAAUAAAUUUUAGUUGAAAAGCAAGGUUUCCCAGAGGAAGAAGUUCACAUGAAUUUCGUUUCCUAUGGUAUAUUUUGUACAACCGUGUGCUCGUUACGAUGACCUAUAUAUUUUACAUGUUCGGAACACGAACGUAGCAUUAAAAGAAUGUCGAGUAUUUUCUAAAAAGUACUAUAUAAUCUGAGGCACGCGUAUCAUACGGAAAGAAAGCCUGUAAAGAUUAUCGUAAGCGUGUAAAUAAGUGAAUACUUGAUAAUAUCUCUAAUUAGAGGAUCGCGGAUUUUAAUGUAACAUUAAAUUUCUGCAUUUAAUCAAAACAUGCGUGCAUUUGAAUUUUCUGUACGUGCAUGAAGAUCUGCAGCCCGCUAGUAAGGAAUUGUUAGUACUUAAUACAGUCUUCGGACAUGAAUUCCUGCCUAGCGUUAUAAAACGUCCGGUAUCGCGUCCUUAUUAAACGAAGACGACAAAUAACAUUGGUAACAAUAUUUUGUCUGAAACUUAAAGUAUAUUAGAAGAGACUUCUACGUACGUGCCAUGCUAUUAUAUAUACAUAUAUAAUAAUAUGUAUUUACUGUGUCUGUGAUCAUUCAACAGGAUUGUUCCCUAUACUCUUAAAACACUCAUAAUCAUUCAUGUAGUCGUGUAAGAUUUCAAUUAUUUAUCGACGAAUGCGUGUAAAUUGUGUGAAAGCAAUCAGGACGUGUGCGCACUUCUUUAAUCGAACAGAGA